UGACAACCUAAUUGUUUGUAUUCAAAGUUGACAGGUAAACAAAUAAAAAAUUCGACCAAAAACCACAAGACGUAAUUUUUGUGAUGUUAAUGAUGGUAGUUUUAGAAGUUUUUACAAAGAAUAUAAAAAUUUCUUAUAAAAGUACUCUUCUAUCAAAAGCAUCGGUGCUAGCCCUAAUUUUUGGGGUCUUAUCGCUUGUGUUACCAUUUAUUUUUGCAUACAAAAGCAAGGGCUUGUGGUUAAAAAGAGACACUUUUUAUGAACAACCGGAUGUAAAAUUUCGAGGAGAAUACAUUUUUGUUGCUACUACGAAUAAUUACAAUAAGUCUGUUAUAACGUGUAGUAAUUUACCCCACUUUGAUAAUGUAUUGCGGCCUUUAGAUACUUGUUCAGUCAUCAAGGUUCGUGAAACUGACAGAAAUUUUGAUGGUAAAACAGAAGAAUUAGAUUUGUCUCUCCAAGUUAAUCUUCCAGUUAAUACUCACCUCACGUCUUUUUGCAUAAUCAUUCCAUUUAAUUAUAAAUUACAAGUUUGUCCUCUUGAAAUGCAGACUGCCAUUAUUUUUCAAGAAUUGUUACCAUUUUAUAUAUCGAAGUAUUCAUUGGUGGCUAAUGUGGUUGUGACCCAAACUAGCCCCUUAAUUUGCCACAGAAAAAACACCAAUACGUUAUUUAAUUAUCCUGUGAUUGUGGAUAAUGGGGAUUUAAAUAACUAUGACAUAAAUACCAUUAUCACAAACUUUUCAAAGAGAAACAUAUCCACAUCAUUGAGAGACGUCUAUAAAAGUUUUUCUCCUGGAAAAACUCAAAAUUUCGUAUUAAACUUAAAUAUAGAAUUUCCAGAAGACAGGAUAUACUACAAGCCGGGCUUUUGGCAAGUACUGAAGUGGGCCUGGAUCCAGUACCUCUCACUUUACAUAAUAAUCUCAUGGAUAAUUGCAAAAAUAAAGCACUAUAUUUUUAGCAGGAGAUUAAUACUGUUUUUUGAAGAAAAUCCGGUGAAGAAAAAACAAUAAAAAUUUAACAAACUUUAUUAUCAUCGUUUUAUUUACAACGUCAAGUCUAGUGGCUCUGAAGACGAACUAGAAGACGAAACUGCGUUCCUGUUGUCUUCCAGAACAAUUGCUGUUUGUAGGAGAUCGUCCACUUGAAC